CGCGACCUGUAGUAGAAGGACCCACUCAAUGCCAUCAUGUCUAGCCACUCGCCAUCAUGUUCUUCGUACAAUUCUCUCACCAAGGGAUCUCAGCAUCGAGCUCUCUGUCUUGCGUGACGCAAAACAAUCCAGGUCAUUUGUUACUGGCCGGCGGCGGACUCGGAACGCCAGCAGCUGCACCCGAGCAUACAGCAGUAGCGCUCAAACCUCUGACUAUCCUUUAGGAAAGAAGACGUCUUCAAGUAAACACGAGGUUUCAGCUCUCUUACACAGAAUAUCAGCAUUUUUACCUCGCGCACUACCGGGAUCUAAUACCACUGACGGACGAAUACAGUCUUCCCAGCUCUUGAGUAAACUUUUGAGCGAAGUCGACGCAGAUUUAUGUUCCCCGCCAGAAGCGCGUACGAGUGCUCGCGUAGUUGUGUGCGGAGCUGACCAGUGGGCCGGCUCUCAUGAGCUCAUCACAGCUCUCCUCGAAAACCCGUUUACAACUGAUGAAGCUUACAGCGACAUCCUACGAAACCGGUGGAAAAACCAGUCUGCUUACCUUACAAUCGAGUAUAGACCAUCAACUUCCCUCGUCAAUGGCACCCUCACCAUCCCUGCAUCUUGGCUCCAACAAUAUCCCUUCCCCAUACAACUCACCGAAAUCUCAUCCCUCUCCUCCCAUCCCUCCCUCCCAAAAACGCUCCUCAAAGGAGACGUGCUAAUCUUUAUUUGCAAUCCACUAACAAAAGACAUACCCGCGCUCAUCUCCAAUGCCCAACAUAUUCUUCAAAGACCGAACACAAUACUUGUUCUCACUGCUUCUAGCACAUCCGAACAUGCACUAGAUUACAUUUCCAAGGAACUGGCAGCUGCAAAUUGCACCCCCGGAAAGAUUCUUGCUGUAGACCCUAUUCGUGCUUUGGAAGCCGUUUCUGCUCUCAAGGCGGAUCCUUCGUCUCCUGCUGCUAUUCAGAGAUACCAGGAGGAUUUUAUGGGGUCGAGGAUAUCGCUUCUUGGUGAUGUUUUGGCGGGGAUGCUUGGGUUGAAGGACUCGGGUAGCACGUCAUCGUUGUUGGCUAUCCGCACCCAGAGUGCUUUGAUACAAAUGCGGAGCGCGUUGUAUGCUAGUGCUCGAUCGGUAUCCCAAGCACGCCUAGCGAUAGACCGCAUUUUUACAGGUGCCAGCGAGCUGCAGUGCCAAGUCGAAGAAGUCCGUGCGAGAACAGACAGGGAGGUGCUCGUAGAGUCCGGAAUAGAUGAAGCUCUGCUUCGCGGUUCGAAAGAGAUGAAAGCCGUACUAGAGUCGUUGACCUGGCUGAAAAUGGUAUGGCGCGUCGAUGAGAUAGAUUCUUUGGUGAGUUCCGCACUGGACAGGUACUGGUGUAGGGAACUUGAAAACCAGCUCAUCCUCCAAACGGGUCGUCUCGCCUCUACCCAAGCAUCCCUAACAUCAUCCACUUUUUCUCAACUCAAAAAACUCGCAUCCCCAUCCCCAUCCCCAUCCCCAUCCCCUGCCUUCCAUUCCCCUAUUCUUGACAACCAUCUCCGUCAACUGACACACUCCCCAACAUACGCACUCACCCCAAAUACCCUUACCCGCCCCAUACAAGCACGGCGUUCCCAGCUGACACAACACACCACUACGCGGUUACACCGCGAUGCCCAGAACGCAGUGUUGGGUGCGUUUGGUGGUAUGUCCGGCGGUGCUGGUAUUGCAUGGUGGCUUGCAUUUGGAGAGAGCGCUUUGAGUAUUGGCACUGGUUCCGAAACUGGGACUGCGUUAGGUGCUGGUGCACUCGUUGCUGUUGCUAGUAUAAGAUGGGCGGUGGGUAAAUGGGAGCGAGCAAAGAGGAAAUGGGUGGAGGAUGCUGAUAGGGUUGGGGAGGGGCUGAAGAGGGAUCUAAAGGCGACUCUGGAGCGAGGGAUUGAGAAGAAUGUUGCGGUUGUUCCUAUGGCGGCGUAUGAAGGGCUGCGAGAGCUUGCUGGGAAACAACAGGAAGAGAUCGAUGUUGUCAGGAGCGAUCUUAUUUCGAUGCAAGCUGACGUUGAAGCGCUUGAAACUGUUCGACCUUCAUAAUGCUACGCUAACUCGUGUACGUGAUGCUAUAAAAAUUCCGCUGCAUUCAUGCCACCGUUUGUUUAGGAGCGAAUCAGAGACCUUAUUUUGAGACGGCGGACGUUGAAGUGCUUGCUCGACC